AUGUCUAAUUCAGAUACGGAUGGAACAUUACAGGCCCCUGAGCACGACACACCCACCACGGCAGGCGCUUCAUCCUCACCGUCAAGGAAGCAAGAGCCCACAUCAGGACAAGCUCCGGAGCCACAGACCUUUAUAUCAAAAUCAAAGCGACAUCUUCUUGCAUCUGUCAGGCCAUCGGGAUUUGCCGAGCUUGAGUUGCUGCUCUUGACGUUUUGCACCGGCAUACAAGAUGCAAUCUCCUUCCCCGACUACCACUGCUUCGCCUCCAACCAGACCGGAAACACCGUCUUCCUAGCCGUCUCGGUCGUCGUCCCAGAGUUCAACGGCGACAUGUUCUACACGGCCAACAUCGGCGUCGCGCUCGGCCUCUUCCUCGCGGGCGGCUACCUGACGGGCCAGCUGAGCCACAUCGUCGGCCCGCGGCUGCGGCUCUGGCUGGUCCUGUGCAACCUCGCGCAGACGGCCAUGGUCUUCGCGGCGGCUGCCAUCCAGCUCCACUACGGGGUGCGCCACACGGGGCCCAGGGACCUGCUCGUCAUCGCCCUGCUCGCCUUUGCCAGCGGCAGCCAGGUCGUGCAGAGCCGCAGCCUGCGCAUCACCGAGAUCUCCACGGCCAUGGCGACCGCCGCGUGGGUCGACUUGCUGAUCGACCCGCACCUGCUGGCGGUCAGGGAGAAGAACCGGCCGCGGAACAGGAGGCUGUUCUUCCUGGUCACGCUGAUCGUGGGGUCGCUGGCGGGCGCGGGUAUCUACAAGGCGGCCGGGUCGUCCGCGGCCCUCUUCGUGAGUGCCGGUGGCAAGGCCGUGGUGACGGUGAUGUAUCUGUUCAACGGGGCUGAGAGGGAGAAGGCUGAGCGUUCUGCGGCGUGA